AUGCCCAAAACGACAGCCAACCAACCCACAACGUGGGGGAGUACGCCGGCCUGGUUCGAAGAGGCCACGGUCGGGGCGGACUUCAAGGUGCGGAUGCUGAAGCACGCGGGCAAGGACUUCCGAGUAAACAUUUGGGACUCCUCCGGCGAGCUGCGGUUCCUCGAGGUGCGAAACGAGUUCUACCGGGAGGCCCAAGGUGUGAUUCUGGUUUUCGACGUGACCUCCAGGAGAUCAUUCCAAAAUUUGGAGAAGUGGAUGGAUGAGGUGGCUAAGUAUGCGCAGGGCAGCGAGCCCCAAUUCGCGGUGGUGGGUACGAAGACCGAUCUCACCACCACCCGCAUGGUGCAAGAGCAAACUGGCCGGGACUGGGCCAAGAGCAAGAGCAUCCCAUACUUUGAGACCUCUGCUGCCCAAGGCCGAAAUGUUGAGAUGGUCUUCAAGGAGAUGGCCAGCCGCCUGUCAUGA